AAACCACAGACACAAGAAAACUAUCAAUAGACUUUUGAGUCACACAAACUUCAGGCGUAUGUGGAAGAAGGACUGGUGGGUGAAGAGAGAGGCUGGAAAUAAUGAGAAACAUAUUCUUGUUUAUUUCAUAAUGGUGAAAACUACCCAGAUGUGUGUGACACUUCUGUAACUGAAGCAUUUAUAGAAUAUGUGGCACUCGUAUUGAGGUCUAUACUCAGGAAUAAGGAAAUACAGCAGACUGGAAACCAUGCAAUGUGCCUGACCAGCACUAAAAAGCAGAAGUAACGAGACAAAAAUGGAGUCAUUACGUUCUUACUUUUGGGCUAUAUUAUUGCUGGCCAUUAUUGCGUUGUCUCUGGUGAUAAUAAUGAUUUUUAUUAUCAUCAAUGUUUGCAUCAGUAAAAAAGUUACUUCAUACCAUACACAGACCAAGUCAAAUAAUUACAGUGACAUAAAGUUAAAAAAUCAGGACAAUCCAGUUUUUCACAAAAACGUUGAGAAUGAGAAACCACCCUUACCUCCAAGAGAUCAGUUUCAGUCCAUGGAUUCUGUUGAUCAGGGUUAUGAGCACGUGGAGCCCUUGCCAGAUUAUGUGGUGGUUGAGGAAUCAGCCCCUGCAGAGCCCCAACAACCCUUCACCCCUCAGUAUGCCACAGUUGAGACUAAAAGUCAAGAUGGAGUGAGUGUCGAAGAAGAUUAUGAUGACGUUGAAAUGCCUGCGAACUAUGACAGUGAAGAUUAUGAUGAAGUAGGAUAAAAGAGUCAAACUGUUGGAUAUAUAAGUGAAUGCAAAAAUCUGACGAGGUCAUAUGACAGUGUAUACUGUAUGUAUAAAUUGUACAUUAUUUAAGAUGAAACAAUUACUACUAUGCACUACUUUUCAAAAGUUUAGGGUCACUUGAAAUGUUUCUCUUGACCUUACAAACAUUUUUAUGUGAAGGUGUACAUAAAUGUCUGAAAUUAGAGAUAUAUUGUGUAAACGUACAUUUUUGUCACAGCUAAUUCUAAUAGUUCCAUUUGUAUAAUUCUAUAGUUCUGAUGAGUUUAUAAAUAUUCUAAAAUGUAAAAAAAAACAUACGUUUGUGAGUGACCCUAAAUGGUGAACAGUAGUGUACUGUAUGUUUACUUUCAAUUCAUUUAGGUUUUGUUGUAUGUUUUCAAAGCUCAUGAAACAUGUUUUUCCCUCCA